AUGUCAAUGGACGUUCACCAAAGUCAAGAAACAAUUGUAAUAGAUCUUAAUGGAAAAGGUAUUGAGCGCAAAUUAAAAAUCACUAAAUCGAAUAUUAAAUUUAAGCCACUUGUUCCAAAUACUGUGGCUGAUGAAGCAACAAUUGUUAUUGAAAAUCCUGGACCUAAUCCUGUGGAAUUUUAUUGGCAUCAUUUAGAAAAUCCAUAUUUACAUGAAGAUCAAAUAGGAAGAGUAUUAACUCACUAUUUUGGAGUAGAGGAAAUUUUAUUACCUCAAAGAAAAAUUGUCGAGGAAAUUCCCAAACAAUUGUUACAUUUCUAUACAAGUUUAGUAAAAGCAAUGGCAUUAGAUUUGGGUAAACAAUAUCGAGAAGUCAACGAGGAAUUACCAAUUAUUUCAACGCUCAAUGAAAAGACUAUUAUUUCUACACAAGAGAAAGUGAGCGCGGAAACUGUCGUGUCUCAAGGAACAAAGAAAAGAAAAAAAAGCAAACGUAGGAAAUUAGCGAAAGAAGGAAAAUCACAACCCAAAUCACUUGCAAGUGAAUUUUCUAAAAUGGAAAAAUUACCUGCAUUUAGUGACAAGGAAUUAUUAACAAACGAUCAAAGAGAAAUUGAAAACUUGUUACAUGAUUACAUUGACAAAUUGCAAAAGAGUCCACAUUUCUUCGAACAAAUGGAAGAUCGUAUAAAAGAGGUUUUUCAUUGUUUCAAGCAAAAAUCAUCUAUUAUUGAUCCUUUACUAAACAAUUCAAAAUGGAAGAAAUUUUUUAUCAUUUUUCGUGGAGAACUUUUUUCAGAAACAGUCAUUACUUCAACACAACUAGAUCUUCAAUCAAAAACUUAUUCAGUUCUAUUACCAAAAAAAUUAUCACCAAUUAAGGAAAAUCCAACUAAAUUGAUAAAAUCGACAAUUUCCUUAAAAUCAACGACUAUCGAAUCAAAUAAUCCAAUUUCACCAGUUUCUAUUAUUGAAGAAUCCUUGAGGCCAACUACAAUUUUACAACCCUUUGAAUCGCAAAGCUAUAAAGUGAAAUUUUUCCCUGAUAAAAUUGGACAAUAUAGGGAGAAAUUUUCAUUAACAAUUGCCAAUAGUUUUAAUAAAACUUAUAUUAUUAAUGUCGAGGGAGUAUCGGAUAUUCCAAGAAUUAAUAUUGAUCCGUCAAUUAUUUUCAGUAAGGUUGAAAAAACCAAAGCUGAUGAUACUAAUGAUCCAAUUUAUUUUCUUGACACUAAUAUAUUCGAUUUCGGUUCUUUGCUAAUUAACAAUGGUAUAGAUAUGAGCAAAUCACAUCGACGCACCGCUUUGUUAAAGUUUAUCAACAUUUCUCUAAUACCCGCCCAAGUCACGUUUUCCUUGAAAGGAGAUAACUCGAGUGCAUUUAGUAUUCCGUCCAACGAGCUUAUUUAUGUCAAGCCAGAGGAAACAGGAACUAUAGAAUUGUCAGCUGUGGCCACUAAACUUGGUAGUCAUUCAGCACAAUUAAUUGUAGCUAUUGUUGAAAAUGAAGAAAUGUUUACUAUAGAGCUUCGUUGUAAUGGGACAAAAAUGGAUGUUACGGUGGAAGAAAAAAUUGUAAAUUUUAAUAAAAUUUUACUAAAGGGAGAGGAAAAGCCAAUCGUUGCCAUAGUAACUGUUACUAUAGUAAUCGUUGCCAUGGAAAAUGACGUCUAUAUUUUCCAGGUGGGUAAACUAGGAAAAAAUGAAAUAAAUUUUGAGGUAUUCUUGAGUUCAGAAAAUGAAGAAACACUAUUUAGAGAUAUUAUCACAAUUACUGCUGAAGUUUAUGAUAUUUCUAUUGAUUUGAUUAAUGCCAAUCCGAUUGAUUUGAAAAAUGUUAAAGUUAAUUAUGUGGCGAAUGAGAAAUUUACUAUUAAAAAUUUGGGACUAUAUGCAAUUAAAUAUUCAGAAAUAAUUCUCAAAAAAGCUCCAAUUUUGAAAUGUAAAUUUUUCGAUGCAUUCAAUAAAAACGAAAUAAUUGCUGAAUUUCAAUUAACAGUGUCACUUAUUUCAUAUUACACUAGAUUUUGCGUUGAUCCAUUCCCAGAAUUAAAUUUUGGACCAAUUGCAAUAUUUUCAGAAAAAAUAAUGUAUCUAAAUGUAAAAAAUAUUGGCAAUUUUCCUCUACAUUUUAUAAUUUCCUCGUUUGUGGAAAAAUUAACAUCAGCAUCGUCAAGAGGAAAGAAAAAAUCGCCAAAAGUCGAAAAAUUAAAACCAUUGAAUGAAUCAUCAUUAAAAACAGGAUGUUUUCUUGUAACAAAAGUAGAAGGCUUUAUCGAUGCUGGUCAAAUUGAAAGUAUUAAAAUAAUUUGUUCCCCUGAAAUUGAAGGCAAACAAAUUGAAGAAAUAAAUAUAUUUGUUGAUGAUUGUUCACCUGAUGACAAAAAUGGAAAAAAAUUAAAACUAAUAACAAAUUGCUGUAUGCCUAAAAUUGAUUUUAAUGAUUUAAAUGGAAUAUUUCAAGAAAAUAAUAUUGUGGAUAAUUUUCAUGACUUUAAUUGUCCCAAUGAGCUCGGAGCACAUACAGUUUUUGCACGUCAUGAAAAAUGUCUUUAUUUCUGUCGUAUUCCUGUUUCCAGCACUCACACGACAUGUUUUAAAUUGUGCAAUCGUAGCGAAGUUCAAGCGGAAGUGACAAUAACUUUGCGUCGUCCUGAAAUGCUGACAUCACAGCCGACAAAUAUCGACGUCUUUAAAACAUAUUCGGCAGUAUUGGAAGCGGAAAUUGAGUUGCCAUCGCAUCUAAAAACCGAUCGACUUUCAGUGAGACUUUUGGGGGAAGUUUGCGUACCGGAAAUAAUUCUCGUUGAGCCUACGGCAAGGACGAUGCAAGAUCACAUUAUCCUGAGCUUUAAUCGUAUAUUGAUGGGUGAAACUGGCAUCAGAAAAUUAACUCUCCAAAAUAUUGGCUUUCUCGAUGCAAAAGUCAUUCUUGAAAUUUACAACGAUCCACAAUUUUUAUUUACACUCAAUCGUUACAAAGUUUGUAAUUUAGUACCAAAUGAAAUUGCCAAUUUUUGGGUGAAAUUUCGACCCGAACGAGUCGGUAAAUACAAUUCUCUUUUAAGAAUUGUAGUCGAUGGAAAUCCAUUUGAGAAUAUAAAAGUGAAUCUCGAGGGGGAUAGUUACAAUGAAGAGAUUGUUUUAGAUCGUUUAGAAUUCAUAGAUAAAAAUACAAUUGAACAAAAAAAUUCCACUGAAACGACACAUCGAAAAAAACGAAAAAAUAAUCUUAAAUCAAUGAAUUCACAAUCAACACAAUCUCUAAAAUCUUCCUCGGCUAGAGUUUCCAUGUCUCGUGAAAAAUUAAUUUACAAAUUGGAUUUUGGAUCGUGCUUUUUGAAUCAAAUGAAUAAAAUUAAUUUUUCAAUAUCAAAUAAAACUGAGGAUAAAUUCUUUCGAUUUCAAUGGGCACAGCAUCAAAAUUUAAUUUUAACACCCUCAUUGGGACACUUGGGACCUUGUAAAUCAAAGGAAAUUGUUGCCACAUUUCUCACUGAGCAAAAUGUCACUUAUUCUGAGGUGUCUGUAGACUGUGCUAUUGAAGAAAUAAUAAUUUCACAAUUAGACAAACAAUUUUCCUGGGAUGAUAGACAAAUUAAUGCUAAAUGGAAUUUAAUGGGAAAUGAUCAUUCAAAUUCAGAGUCAUUUGAAAAUGUUAUUUUUAAACAAAUAUUCGAACCAAUGGCUGAGCCAUUUUGUGAAAUUAUACCUGGUUCAUUUAAAUGCAUACAACUUUUGUUUUCCGCAAUUGCAAUGUAUUCGGAAUACAAGUGCGAAAUUAAAGAUAUCAAUUUUAAAGACACUCUGAUGUUCCAAAGUACAAAUAUCAAGUUUUUAUUGAUGAAUCCUACGAGUGUCAAUUUAGAGUAUAAUUGGAAAUUGACGAUGGAUGAGCAAUAUCCUAUUAGAUUGGAUGAAACGGCAUUACGAUCAAUUUUUAAACAAAGAAACAAACAUAACAUACGAUCUCGACCCAGUACAGAAUCAUCAAACGGAAUUCUUUAUUCCGAUGAACAAAAUGAGAUAAAAGCUAAACGCAAUAUUUCCUAUAUCGCUGAUGAUAAAGGAAAAUUGGUUAAUCUACAAUGGGAUCAAGAAUUGGGUCAAUGUUCGGAUUUAUUUAGCAGUACAGCGUGUUUGACAGAUCGAAGUACCGACAGUUGGAUUGAGGGUGACAGUUGGCCGUUUGAAAUACAACCAGAAAAUGGGAUUAUCCUACCGGGACAAUCUGUUGAAUGCAACCUCACAUUUUCACCCUCGGAUGUUUUUGAAUACAAAGCCACACUCAGUUGCUUAAUAGAGAAUCAUAAUCCGGAUCAAAUUCCUUUACGGAUUCCAAUAAAAGCAAGGAGCUUGCUACCUUAUUGUCAUUUUGAAAUACCCGAAACUGAUUAUUUAUCGAGUGGCAAACGAAAUUCAAAAUUGAAAGGACCCCUUGCUUUUGAUAUUGAGGAUAAAAGGGUUCUUGAAAAUAUACGAGUGAUUGAGUUUCAAAUAACUGGCAUCGGUCACAAUCACACAAGGAAUUUUAAUUUAAUAAAUCCAACUCUCGAUGAUUAUGAUUAUUAUUGGACUGACUGCACUGAUUAUCACUUGAAGGAAGUUUCAAAUUUUCAUUGUGUCACACCCAAGGGAAGCAUUCGACAGGGAAAAUGUACUAAAAUAUCAUUUAAAUUUCACGCUGAGAAUGUGGGAAGUUUCGAAUCAUUUUGGUCAUUUAAAAUAGAUAAAUAUAAUUUAGAAACUCUUUUUCUUAUCGUUGUUCAUGUCGUUGAGCCGAAAGUUUAUUGUUUCUCAUCUCAUUUGCAAAUGAAGCCAACAGUUUUAGGAGCGAAAAGUAAUGAUGAAAUCAAACUCAUAAAUAAAGAAGAUUUCGAGCUAACUUUUAGUAUUGUUAAGGAUUCUCUCUACUCUGAAGGACGAUUUCAUAAUUUGAUAAUUAAGCCUUUAUCGGGAGUUUUGGCACCAAUCAGUGAACAAAUUUUAAGUGUUGAAUAUACUCCAAAAAUUGAAGGUGACACACAAUUUAUUGUUCAGUGUGGUAUUGAAAAACUGAUGAAUCCUAUUAAUAUAUUUCUUGAAAUUAAUAGGCCAAAAGUGAUUGAAUUUCAAAUAUCAAAUGUUGGAAAAAUUGCAUUUUUCUAUACAUGGAAUCUUAAUUUGCAAGAUUUUAAUACAGAUACAUGCGCCAUAAAUGUAUUCGAGAAGGAAGGUCAUCUCGAUAGUGAAUCUAAAAUUACGUGCCAUUUAAGUUUAACAGCUUUGGAAAAAGUUAAAUUUAAGGAUCAUCUCCUCACAUUAGAGAUUAAUAAUGGACCCGUUUAUUACCUAUUAUUGAAGGCAAAAGUCAGUAAAUUAUCGGUUAGCUUUAGCUUCAGCAAAUUUGAUUUUGGCCCAAGAUACAUUCAAGAAACAAUAUCAGCUCCAUAUUAUAUUGAUUUACGAAUAACAAAUUUCGAUGAAACCACUUCUAUAAUAGAAUGCACAUUUAAUGAUUUGCCUCAUUUAACAAUUGAUUCGAAUAAUAUAUCACAAGCUAUUGAUGGAAAUUCUUCAGUUAAUGUUCGAAUAUUUUUUCGACCACUUGCAACAAUAAAAUAUUUAGAGAUUUUGAAAUUUUUUAUUAAUUCGACAAGUGAAAAAAUUAUUACUAUCUUGGGAGAAGGAAUUGCAUACAAGAUAAGGCUUGUAAACCCUGCAGAAAAAUGUAUUGAUUUGGGAAAUAUUCCGGUGGGAAAGUUGUCCAUUCGAAAUGUAAAAAUUCUAAAUGAAGGUCCAGUGCCAGUAAAAGUAAAAUGUAAUUUUCUAAAAAUUCUCGAAACAUCGAAAGAAAAUGAAAGAAAAAAAUCACAUCUUGAAAAUGAGAUAACAAUGGAAAAUAACGAAAAAAUAAUAAUGAUUGAUAAUAAUAGAAAUGGUGAAAAAGUGGAUGAUACAAUUUUUUUGAAUUUAUCCAAAGCACUUAAUAUUCAUCCAAUUGAAUCAAUAAUUUUACAAUCAAAUGAAAAAUUUAAUUUAAUUUUGAAAUUUAAGCCACAAAUGAGAAUUAAACAAUUUUUUGAAAAAAUUGCAUUAAAAAUUGAUUCGACAAUUUUACCUUUGAUAAUUGUGAAAGGAAGUUGUGUGGCUGCUGAAUUUUUGUUAAAUAGAAAUUACAUAUCUUUCGGUAGUACUGUUCAAGGAUCUACUCUUAAUUCAAAACUGAUGCUGUUAAAUACCGGAGAUAUUGGAGCUAGAUUCAAAUGGAAGACUGUGAAAUUAGAACCACACUUUCAUAUUAAUCCACUUUCUGGUUAUUGUUCUCCAGGAAUGGACGUUUCCUUUGACGUCACUUUUCAACCAUUACGUCAACAAGAUUUCCUUCAGGGUGAAGCCACAAUUGAAAUUGAAAAAUAUCGUGAACUGACAGUUAUUGUUUGUGGUGGUUGCAAAAAACUUUCUGAUCCACUUGAAAUUCUAAACUUUUCAAUUCAAGUUCGCAAGAACCAAAUCAAACAAGUUACGAUUACAAAUGAUACCAACGAAACUUGGACACUAAAACCAGAAACAAAUGGCGAUUAUUUUUCCAUAGAAGAAGAUAUCUUAAAAAUUGAACCAAAAAUGACAGAAAUCUGCUCCGUGAGAUAUUCUCCAUUGGAGAUGACAGUAGGCAAUAAUUUUCACAAGGGGACUUUGUUGAUAAAAUUGCCCGCAGGCAAACGACCCAUUUUAUAUUCACUUGAAGGAACGAGUUUACCACCAGAAGCAAUUGCCAAGAUAAUAAGACAAUUUCCUGCUAAAACUAAGUAUGCAGAAUCUUUGCCAGUUUAUAACUGGUUGAACAGGCAGCAGAGGUUUGACUGUAUAAUUGAAUUAAUUGCAUCUAAAGCCUCUACUCAUAAAAUGGAGAAUACAAUAUUCACUUUCAAUGGUAACAGCAAAUUAGACAUUCCAGGAAAUGGGAAAAGAGAUUAUCGCGCUUAUUUCCAUUGUUAUAAGGAAUCAAAUUUUCAUUUUAAGGUGACAUUUACGAAUCCAGAAGGAGAAUAUCAAUAUUAUGAUCUUCAAUAUAAAGUCACGAAACCGGAAGUAACAGAAGUAAUAAAAAUGAAAACAACUGUACGCUUGCCGACAUAUCACUUUAUCCAAUUAAAAAACCCUUUGAACAAUCAUUCCAUAAAAUACACUGUAAAGUGUUCCCAUCAAGAUAUCACAAUUUAUGAUGACCCAAAAAUAAUUCCAGCUUUAUCCAGUGAACCAAUUAAAAUAGAAUACAAUCCUUUACUUCCUUCUGAUGCUAUUUCACGAGUGGAAAUAAAUUGUUUAGAAUUAGGGGUUUCCUUUUAUGAACUUCAUCUCACUGCAAAACCUGCGCCACAGGAAGAUGUGAUUCGUGUAACAGCUAGCUUGGGAGGUUUUAUGGCAUUUCCUCUUAUUUUUCACAAUUUAAGCAAAGAAGAUUCUGAAUUUACAGUGAAGUUGGAAAAUUCUUCUUUUAUUUGUGCUAAAUCAAUUAUUGUUAAAAGUCAAUCGCAAGGAAUUUUAGAUGUCAUUUAUGAACCGUGUGACAUUGAAAAUGUGACAGCAAAUGCAAUCAUAUCCUCAAAAAUCGCAGGAGAAUAUAUAUUUCCAAUAAUUGCCAAAUAUAAUCGUCCAAAACCUCAAGGACCAUUUACAAUUUCCACUGAUAAAUCGUGUUUGAUUCCAUUCAAAAAUAUUUUUAUGGAAACAAAAACAUUUAAAUAUUUCAUUAAAUCCUCAACACGUUUUAUGCUCACAGUUUCUUCUGAAACAAUUGCAUCCAAACAGACUGUAAAUAUAAUUGUCAAUCUGAAUGAAGAAGAAGAGCAACAAAUUGAUGUUCAUGAUCAGCCAACAACGGGAAAAUUAAUUGUCAAAUGUAAUGAUCCAAGCGUCUCGAAUAUCAAUUGGAUAUUUUAUUUAAGUGCUGACGAGUAA